AUGACCUGUGUCAGAAACAGACACGUUCGCGUCUUCGCGGAUUCGGUUUGGCCUUCGUCUGCCAAGCACUGCCAGCUUCGCACUGAUAGCCAGUGGGUGACUUUAGAUCAGGACGUGUGUCCUGCCCACAGCCCCACGGGGGGCCCGUCCACCGCAGGCGCCCAGGCGAGACGGGAGCAGAGCGAAGCCCGGCGCGGCUGCUGGGGUGUUCGUGGCGUCAGGACGCAGGGUCAGUCUGUGGGCGGCUGUCCCGUGAAACGACUCACGCCUGUCAUCCUGGCUGUUUGGGCAACUGAGGACGCGGACACGCGCAAUAAGUGUGCAUACUUAGGUGUGGAUGAGGAGCGGGACCCCUUUCUAAUCACAGUGCGGGGGGGAGGGGGCUGCGGAGGGCGGCGGCCCGGCCGCGCCCGCCACGCUCGUCUCUGGUUGCAGGUGAUCUUCAAGGCCAAGUCCAAGUACUCCCCAGAGCUGCUGAAGUACCGGCUGCCCCUCUACCUGGCCUCGCUCUUCGUCAGCCUGCUCUUCCUGCUGGUGAACCUGACGUGCGCGCUGCUGGCGAGGACGGGCCGGUGGGAGCGGAAGGCCAUCGUGUCCGUGCGCGUGGCCAUCAACGACAUGCUCUUCGUGCUGUGCGCCGUCUCCCUCUCCGUCUGCCUCUACAAGAUCUCCAAGAUGUCCCUGGCCAACAUCUACCUGGAGUCCAAGGGCUCCUCCGUGUGCCAGGUGACGGCCAUCGGGGCCACCGUCAUCCUGCUGUACACCUCGCGGGCCUGCUACAACCUCGUCAUCCUGUCCUUCUCCCACAUCAAGAACGCCCAGUCCUUCGACUACGACUGGUACAACGUGUCGGACCAGGCAGACCUGAAGAACCAGCUGGGCGAUGCUGGCUACGUGGUGUUUGGCGUGGUGCUUUUUGUGUGGGAACUCUUACCCACCACCUUGGUGGUUUACUUCUUCCGAGUUCGAAACCCUCCCAAGGACCUUGCCAGCGCGGGGAUGGUCCCCAGCCACGGGUUCAGUCCCAGAUCUUACUUCUUUGACAACCCUCGACGAUACGACAGUGACGACGACCUUGCCUGGAGCAUCGCGCCCCAGGGGCUGCAGGGGAGCUUGGCUCCCGACGGCUGUGACUGGGGACCGCAAGCCCACAGCUUCCUGGCGGCGGCCGGCCCCUGGUGCGGGUCCCGGCCCGGCUGGCCCCAGCUCGCGGCGGCCGACAGCGGCUCGGAGCACUCGUGCGGAGGAGAAGCGGCCGAGGGCGGGAGGGACGGCUGAGCUCCGGCGCCCCAGGAAGGACUCGCUCUCCGCCCCAUCCGGGUGUCUAACGGCUGCACAGCUCCAAGCAGUACCUUAGAUGGAAAACCCUUUAUUUUAGUACUAAUAAGCAAGCCUGUUUCUAUGGAGUAUAAUUUAAACUUUUUAAACAGAAUCUGUACUUUUAUAAAGAUGUAUUUUAUAUAACUUAAAUAAUAAUGCUAAAGCACACUAGGGUUCUCUUCAGAAUGUUACAUAGUUUGCACACUUUUAUGCAUAAUUCACUUUAAAAGUGUAAAAUAUAUGGUCUACUAGUUUCUUCUAUGGCUUUUGGACUCACGUAUUCCUCAAAUCCUUACCUCUGAAGGUCACUGAAGGUCACUGAAGGUCAGAUCCUGAGCUCUACUUUGAUGGACUCUUAAGUGUCAAGCGACGUCUAGAAAGCUAGAUGCGCUCCAGUGUUGGAAGUUAACUUGGAGCGGGCCACAAGGUGGCUGCUUCUGAGCAUUUUCAUUGUGUCAGGGCAGUGAUGUGUGUGUGCACUCCAGUGAAAACCAGCUGAUCCUGUGAGAAGCGUAGCUGACUUACACGACUAAGCCUCCUGGACCGUUGGCGUUGUGCAGUUUCCUC